CACAUCGCCAAAGAUGGAAGGUUGAAUCUCGCUGAACAUCAGACUGCUCAAAGUGGAUAUGUCACCACACCUUCCCGAGUACAAAUAGACGAUGCUGUCAGAUCAUUCUCAGCACAGAUUUGUUUCAGUCCCAUCAUUGCAAGUUAGCAAAGCAAGAUUACCAGGCCAACUCCUGCAUUUCUGUUCUCUUCGCUGUACGCUAUUUGAAAGAUGGAAUUUCCAGUAAUUGUUGAUGCCCAGUACUGCUCGCCCUCGGAGGUGAAGCUCACAGUUGCCAAAAAGGUAUUGGAAUACAACAAUGGUAACUUUGUCAUCACUGAUUCUGAGGGUCACACGCUUUUCAAGCUGGAUCAGAAGAAGGUCUUCCUACGAGAACUGACAGUUUUGCGCGAUGAUGGUGACUGCCCUGUGGUCAGCAUUCACAAAAAGAAAAUUUCCCUACACGACACGUACCAAGUGUACAAAGGAGAGAGUUGGACAGAACUUUUCACUGUUUGGGACAAAAACAUGAGGGACGCGGCAGAAUUGACAUACGAGAUUCAACUCGAGGCUGAUUCAGAACCUACGUUCCAAGUGAAGGGAGACUUUGUUCGUCGCAACUAUGAAAUCAUUUUCAAAGGAGCAUCAAUUGCCGCAGAGAAGCAUUUCUCUCUGACCUCUAUGAUCACGGGAAAGAGCAAUUAUGGAGUGCUUGUGAGUCCCAACGUUGAUCAGGCGUUUGUCGCUGCCGUUGUUACGAUCAUGGAAGCAAUCCACAAUGAGAACAAGGAGAAACAUGGUGGCAAGCAUUCAGAUUGAUUACAAGAGCACUUUUCCAAGUUAACUGUCAGAGAACAGGAUCGUUUCUCUCGAAUGUCUAAAUACCAAGUCUUUUAUGGAUAGACAAAACUAGAUCUGUUGAAAGUGAUGUUUCUCCAGACGCCAUUAGCAGAUUAAGUGGACCCAAUGGGUCUUGCUCAAUAAAUUGAGAUUUCGAGACGUUUGAGCAGGUUCAUGUGGAAAUACAGUCUUUUGUGAGUAUGUCGAUUAUUGUGUUUCUUGCUUGAUAUUGAAUGUAAGAUCGUUGUAGUGAUCUUCAUGGCGCA